CUUCGAGUGUGGAAGUUCGCUCCCUGAAGAGAGUGAGGGUGGUUAGGUGUUCCCGGCCACUUUCCCGUCCCCGAUAUGUCUACACACGUGAAAAUAAUGUUAAGUUCAGUGCCACUCAUUGCAAUAUGGUUUUAGCAAAAGAUUGGAAACAAUCUCAUUUUCAUUAAUAGAUGGGAGAUGUCCUUUGCUUCUCAGAUGUAAUGCACUUUAAGUUUGUUAUUCAACAGUGAAAAUGAGUCAUACAGAGGUUAAAUUAAAAAUACCUUUUGGAAAUAAAUUACUAGAUGCUGUUUGUUUGGUACCUAACAAGAGCUUAACAUAUGGAAUAAUUCUUACACAUGGAGCAUCAGGAGAUAUGAAUCUUCCUCAUUUGAUGUCACUGGCAUCCCAUCUUGCAUCUCAUGGUUUUUUUAGCCUGAGAUUUACCUGUAAAGGCCUUAAUAUUGUACAUAGAAUUAAGGCAUAUAAAUCAGUUUUGAAUUACCUAAAGACCUCAGGAGAAUACAAACUUGCAGGUGUUUUCCUUGGAGGUCGUUCAAUGGGCUCAAGAGCAGCUGCUUCUGUAAUGUGUCAUAUUGAGCCAGAUGAUGCUGAUGAUUUUGUUCGAGGUCUCAUUUGUAUUUCCUAUCCACUGCACCAUCCAAAGCAGCAGCAUAAACUUAGAGAUGAAGAUCUCUUUCGUAUAAAAGAUCCUGUACUGUUUGUGUCAGGCUCAGCAGAUGAAAUGUGUGAAAAGAACUUGUUGGAGAAAGUGGCACAGAAAAUGCAAGCUCCUAAUAAAAUCCACUGGAUUGAGAAAGCAAAUCAUUCCAUGGCAGUGAAAGGACGGUCAACAAAUGAUGUUUUCAAAGAAAUAAAUACACAGAUUUUGUUUUGGAUCCAGGAAAUCACUGAAACGGACAAGAAAUAAUUGUCUGUGGUUACAAGCUAUGUUAUUUUGAAUACAAAUACAGUUAAUUUGUUAAAGAACAACAUACCUCUCAGCAUUAUGAGAUAUAUUUCAGACUAAUUUAAUGUUCUUUAAUGUUCCCCCAUCUUUUCCCCCCAUUUUUAAAACACAUUUUAAUUGUGAAAUUAAUGCUCUUUACAAAGUGUCCUUUGAAAGCACUGUUACUGUUGUAUAAAGGUUAUGUACAAAUAUUGAAGGUGGUCUAAAUAUAAUUUAUUUUCUUUAAUAUAGUUAAGUUUUGAAAAAUUAAACAUUGAAUUUUGUUACAACAGAA